AUGGGCGAAGGAUCUCUCCAUUUUCGUUCAAUAUGAAUUGAUAAAACAACUCUAGAUUCGUCGUGAAGUUGGCAACGGGCCAAGAUGGCCGACCGACCAAUGGCGGCGCGGAACGCAGCGAGCGCGCGGAGGCGAGCCACAGCUCAAAAUUCCCCACCGCGCUCGACCGCCGUUCAUAUCUGCGAGCAGUGCGGUACAAGACUCGCGUAGUGUUAAGUAAUUUAUUUCAAAUAUUUUUCAAAACAAAUCAUGAGGGAAAUCGUGCACCUCCAAGCCGGCCAGUGCGGCAACCAGAUUGGAGCCAAGUUCUGGGAAAUCAUCUCUGACGAGCACGGCAUCGACCCCACCGGCGCUUACCAUGGCGACUCCGACUUACAGUUAGAGCGUAUCAACGUAUACUACAAUGAGGCUUCCGGUGGCAAAUAUGUGCCUCGUGCCAUCCUCGUCGAUCUGGAGCCCGGCACCAUGGACUCCGUCCGCUCAGGACCCUUCGGACAAAUCUUCCGCCCGGACAACUUCGUCUUCGGUCAGUCCGGUGCCGGCAACAACUGGGCCAAGGGACACUACACAGAAGGUGCUGAGCUUGUCGAUUCAGUACUUGACGUAGUACGUAAAGAAUCAGAAUCAUGCGAUUGCCUACAGGGCUUCCAGCUCACACACUCCCUUGGCGGUGGUACCGGAUCCGGUAUGGGUACCCUACUUAUCUCAAAGAUCCGCGAAGAAUACCCCGACAGAAUUAUGAACACAUACUCAGUCGUCCCCUCGCCCAAAGUAUCAGACACUGUCGUAGAACCGUACAACGCUACCCUGUCAGUCCACCAGCUCGUAGAGAACACAGACGAAACAUAUUGUAUCGACAACGAGGCUUUAUAUGACAUCUGCUUCCGCACGCUCAAAUUGUCCACACCCACAUACGGCGAUCUCAACCACUUAGUCUCUCUCACAAUGUCUGGUGUCACCACCUGCCUCAGGUUCCCCGGUCAGUUGAAUGCAGAUCUCCGCAAACUUGCCGUCAACAUGGUUCCUUUCCCACGUCUUCACUUCUUCAUGCCCGGUUUCGCCCCUCUCACAUCCCGCGGAAGCAGGCAAUACCGAGCCCUAACCGUACCCGAGCUGACGCAACAGAUGUUCGACGCCAAGAACAUGAUGGCGGCGUGCGACCCGCGCCACGGCCGCUACCUCACCGUGGCCGCCAUCUUCCGCGGACGCAUGUCCAUGAAGGAAGUCGACGAACAGAUGCUCAACAUCCAGAACAAGAACUCGUCCUACUUCGUCGAAUGGAUCCCUAACAACGUGAAGACAGCCGUGUGCGACAUCCCACCGCGUGGCCUCAAGAUGGCCGCGACCUUCAUCGGCAACUCGACCGCCAUCCAGGAGCUGUUCAAGCGCAUCUCGGAGCAGUUCACGGCUAUGUUCAGGCGCAAGGCUUUCUUGCAUUGGUACACCGGCGAGGGCAUGGACGAGAUGGAGUUCACCGAGGCGGAGAGCAACAUGAACGACCUGGUGUCCGAGUACCAGCAGUACCAGGAGGCCACCGCCGACGAGGACGCAGAGUUCGACGAGGAGCAGGAGCAGGAGAUGGAGGACCACCAUUAAGCGCUGCCGAUGCGUUAUCGGUCGCUUCAAAAGUACAUGCCAUGCCAUUUUAUGUCCUGUUACUUUUUGUUUAAGUAACAUUAUUGAUUCCUAUGAAUAUUGAAAAGACAUGCUUUCUAACUUUUAACAGAAUGCACGACUAAACUAUUUGCCGGUCAUGACACUGUAACGUAAACCGAAAGCAUUUGAAUUGCCUAUAAUACAUUCCUUGUCAUUCAACCGUACCUCGUUGAGAGUAAGAUCUGAAAUUAGUAAAGGCUGAUCUAUUAUAAAGACAUCUCUUUAUGUUUUAUAUAGUUUGGAUCCACAUAUCUACCAAACGUGAUUAAUUAUGAUGGCUUCAAUAACAGAAGUUUUAUUAAAAUUGUUUUGAACAAUAAUUUAUUGUAUAUAAUAAAGAUUAUUAUUUAUUUAAAUG